AAAUUAAUUUGCCUUGAAUGUAUGAAUAAAUUAAAUAAUGCGAUAGAAUUUAGAAAACAAUGUGAAGUAUCUGAAAAGAUAAUAUUUAAAUUAAGAGAAAUUCAACAAAAGGAAACUAAUUCUGCACCUAAUUUAAUAGAAAAUGUAAAAAUAAAUGAAAGUGAUAUUAAACCUGAGGGUUCUUAUGAUCAUCUACACGAAGAUAUAUCAGAUACACGUAAUGGAAGCAAGAUCUCCAAAACUAAAGAAGAUGCCGAGUUAAGUAAUGUAAGUGAUUUUUGUGAAACUGUCAUUAAUGAAAAUGAAAAUGUUAACUUAAAAACAGCAAAGAAAAUUGAUGUUGAUUGUACUCUGCUUGAUGAGCAACCUUUAAGCGAAAGAUUAAUUACUGCAAACAGGAAUUUAGAUUAUAAAGAUGAUGAAAUUCUUAGCCAAUGUAAAGACGAAUCUAUAAAAUUAAGAGCAAAAAAACGUAAAAAAUCUAAUGAACAAAAUAGAUAUUUUGAUGUUAAAAAAUUUAAAAUAGAAGAAACUAUAGAUGAUAAAGAAUUAGAAGUGAAAGUAGAUGAUGAUACUGCAGUAAACAUUGGAUUACAAUGCCCUCAAUGUGGAAAAUCCUUUGAAUUAAGAGAAGAUCUGGAAAUUCAUAAAUUGCAACAUAAAAAAUUGGACGAUUUGAUUUGCCCCAAGUGCUCAAAGUCUUUUGGGAACGAACAAAAUUUAAAAAGACAUUUAAAUAUACAUAUGGUUAACAAACCAUAUAAAUGCGAUUAUUGUGAGAAAAGUUUUGCUGGGUCAGGCGAUCGAAUUCGUCAUUUACGAACUCAUACAGGUGAGCGACCGUACAUAUGCCAAACAUGUGGAAAACGAUUUCCAGAUUCUAGUGGAUUAUCACAACAUAUGAAAUAUCAUCAUAAUAUCAAAAGUUACGUAUGUUCAAUUUGUUCCAAAGGUUUUGUGUUUCCAUCUGAACUUCAAAUGCAUAUACGUGUGCAUACCGGUGAAAAACCGUUUUUAUGUACUGAAUGUGGAGAGAGCUUUUGUCAAUCCUACAGCUUAACUAAACAUAAAAGAAAACACACUGGAGAACGUCCUCAUGCAUGUACAGAGUGUGAUAAGACUUUUCGAUUAAAAGAACAACUAAAAUUUCAUAUACGAACACAUACAGGCUACAAACCACAUGUAUGUAAAAUUUGUGAAAUUGGAUUUGCUAGACCCGAAUCUCUUGUUAUACAUUUUCGAACUCAUACUGGAGAGAGACCUUAUGCUUGCAAUAUCUGUGAAAAGGCUUUUAGGUCAAAUAAAUGUUUAAACCAACAUAAACGAACACACAAUAUUAAUAAUAAUUGAAAAUAAAUUGUUCACCAAC